CCUCCUUGAUGCAGCCAGCGAUGAGCACAGACCUACACCAUAACCAGUCCAACGCCACUGUCUAAAUAGCCCACCACCUCCGCCACCACCUUCUUCUUCUCUAAAGGAGAAGCAAUACCGUCGUCACCAUCUUUUUCAGUCGUACAGAAGAGGAAUUUCGAUCAAAUGGUUGACUAGAAAGGGACUAGUUCUCGGUUUUGCUAGGUUCAACUUUGGAAAGGAACAGCCACCUCAGUGAUACAAGGGAUUGUUUCUUUUGGAGAGGGUCUUGCUGAUUGUCUUUGGGUUGACUGGUCAGUUUUUCUCAAAUAUCAUUUUUCGCAACAUUCAAGGUUCGAGAGGUAUGACCAGAAUUAGUCCGAUACAGGAAAAGCAUGAGAAUGGGAAUGAGGGCACUUCAGCCCGAACAAGACCUUUCACAUUCGAGGAGAUUAUGCUGAGAAGGAAAAAGAAUAGAUCAAGUUCAGAAGUCGAAGCGGAAGCUGAAGAGUCAGAGAAGCUUUUGGUGAAGGGCAAUGAUGUAACAAUUCAAAAUCAUUCUGAAUUUGGUGAAGCUCAUGAAGAAAUCAAGAUUAAAGCUUCAGGUGAAAGUGAGAAGAUAAGUUCCACAAGGGAACAGGUGAGUACCUCUGUGGAGGAGGAUCAGUUAGGUAGAAAAGAUAAUGAAAAUUUUGAUGCUAAAACCUACUUAGUGGAGAAACUAGACAAAGAGGUCAGUGAUAGUACUAAAGAGGAGAAGAGUGAAAUAGGUAGUCGUUUCAGUAGUAGAAAUGAGGAAAUGAGGGCUGUGUUAGAAAAUGAAACUGAUAAAGAUACGAAAAGUAGAGUUGAAGGGGAUAAAAAGGAAAAACAUAGUCAUCACCGAAGCAGAAAUGAGGAGACAUUAGAAGAUAACUUGGAGAAAGAGCCUGACAAAGUUACAAAAAGUAAAGGUAAAAGGGAUAAAACUGAAAAAUCUCGUCAUUACAGAAUCAGAAACGAGGAGAUAUCAAGAGAUGACAUGGAGGUUGAAUCUAACAAAGAUAUUAGAAAUGUAGCUAAAGGGGACAAAAAUAAAACACAAAGUCGGCAUGGAAGUAGAAAAGAGGAGAGAUCAACCGAUGUUUCAGAGAAUAAACCUGAUAAAGAUAUGGAAAGUAAAGCUAAAGCGGAUAGAAAUGAAAAAUCGAGUCAUCCCAAAAGCAGAAAUGAUGAGAUAUCAAGAGCUGACGUUGAAGUUCAACCAGAGAAGGGCUCUUGGAGAAAGAAGACAUCUUCAGGCACAGAAAAGAGGAAAUCUGACACUGAAACUAAAAGAAAGCAACACCCAGGUGGUUAUGAGAAAGAUAGUUCUGAGUUAGACGGGAAUGCUGUAAAGAAACACGAUUCCGGAAAAAGAUAUGACUCAGAAACCGUGGGAAGAAAAGGUAGAAGGGAGUCAUCUCCAUCUCACUAUGAUGAAGAGAGGCCAAAAAGAAGAAGGUCAAGGAGUCGUGAAAAGAAGGAUAAAGAUAGGAGGUCAAUAUCUGAUUUUCCUAGGGAGCACAAGCGUACUUCUUAUAAAGAGCAGGAGCAUGAGUCAUCUAGGAAGUCGUAUCCUGAUGCUGAUAAGAACAAAAUGUCGAGCAAUAGUGGGUACGGAAGUAGUCAUUAUCAUCGUCAUGGUGGGCAUGAAAGUAGGCUUGGUGGUUAUUCCCCUAGGAAGAGAAGAACAGAUUCAGCUGUUAAGACGCCUUCUCCUACACCCCGCUCUCCAGAGAGGAAAAGUGCUGGCUGGGAUCUCCCACCUACAGGAACUGACAUACAAAAUUCUCAUCAGAUCUUAUCCUCCAGUGUAAAUGAGGUGCCUGCUGCUGUUCUUGUGAGAUCAAAUUCAGCAACAAAAAAAGCUGUAUCUUCUGGGUCUUCUUCAACUACCCCAUCAGCGUCAAAGAAUUCCACUGCUGAUAAUGUUCAACUGACGUCUCCGAGGAGAAGGCUCCUUGUAGAGAAUGUACCAACUUCAGCAUCUGAUGAACAUGUAAUGGAGUGUUUCAAUAACUUCUUUCUGCCAUCAGAUGCUUAUCACAUUCAAGGAACCCUGCCAUGCAUUCACUGUUCUAUGAAUAAAGAGAAGGGGCAAGCUCUUGUGGAAUUUCUUACACCAGAAGAUGCCACAACAGCACUCUCUUUUAAUGGUAAACUCUUCUCUGGAUCUAUUCUCAAAGUUAGACGCCCGAAGGACUUCGCGGAAUCAGCAACUGGUGUCUCACAGAAGCCAGUAACAGUUGUUGAUAAAAUUUCUGACGUCGUAAAGGAUUCAUCAAACAAGAUAUUCGUUGGUGGAAUUGCAAAGGUUCUUUCAUCUGAUAUGGUAAAGGAGAUUGCUAGUGCUUUUGGAGCAUUGAGAGCUUAUCAUUUUGAGGUUAAUGAAUCUGCCAGUGAAGCGUGUGCUUUUUUGGAGUAUGUGGACAAGUCAAUUACUCUCAAGGCAUGUGCUGGAUUAAAUGGGAUGAAGUUAGGAGGGGAAGUCUUAACUGUCGUUCAAGCUACUCCUGAUGCAUCUGUUGUUGGGGGCAUUGAAGAGCCUCCAUGUUAUGCAGUUCCUGAGUAUGCAAAGCCCCUACUUUCGAAGGCCACAAAAGUUCUGAAGCUACACAAUGUGUUGAAUGAGGAGGAACUAUCAACUCUAUCGGGACAACAAGUGGAAGAAGUGUUGGAAGAUGUACGCUUGGAGUGUGCAAGGUAUGGCGCCGUAAAAUCUAUUAAUAUUGUAAGGAAUGUUGACAGGCCCACCACAGCUCCUGGUGAAAUCAUCAAUCAGGCUAGCCUGAUGAGUUCUUCACCUCAAAUAGAGAAUUGCUGUAACGUGAAGAAAGUGGAGCCCACAGGUGUAGAAGUUGAUCCGAACUCUGGAGAAACUAGAGGACCAGCUGCUCUAGGUGAUGUUAGAGAAACCCUAGUAGAUGGUGCAGAUACAACAAACAGUAUUCCUAACCAUGCCGAAAAUGAGGAGCGUAAGCGGGAUACUAUUAUUUCUACAAGUUACCUUGGCUGUGAUACAGUAUUUCAAGAAUCCCCCUCCCAACUAGAUAAAAGCAAAAAUCAAUCUGUGCAAGCUAUUAAUAGUAGCGAUGAUUUUCCUUCGUGUAACAACUGUUGCACUGAAAACAGUAACGUCGUUGAGGAGGAAGAACUGAAAUCAGGAGAAGCAGACCUUGAAUUGCAUGAAGCUUCUAUCAAGUUGAAUGAUACUUCUACAAAGGACUCCAAAGACAAUAACGAAAACAUCGACAUGACUGAUAUUUUUGAAGUAGGGUGCAUUCUUGUGGAGUAUGCAAGGACAGAAACCUCGUGUAUAGCAGCACACUGCCUUCAUGGACGACUCUUUGGGGAUAAAACUGUGACAGUGGGCUAUGUUGACCAUGACCAGUACAUGUCUAGAUUCUCCAAAUGAGGACUUGUAAAUAGUGGUUUUUUAUGUGGUCUAGUGGCUUUUCAUACGGAGGGUAAAUUUAGUAGAUGCCAUUUUUGGGUAGUUGUACUCUUGUGAACGACUGUCUCACAUUUUUAAAGUCUUCCACAUUUCAAAGAAUGGUAUUUCGGUACUCCACUCUUUCUUUGAUAAAUAUUGUAAAAAUGCAGCCAUGGAUGGAAUAACUGAAAACAUGAGGAAGAAGCCUAAGCAAAGAAGCAGGAUUAUGUUAUCGGUCCUUUUUAUGUGUAAGUGAGGUUAUCUUGAUUUAUGCUUCUUGAUUAGUUGCUGCAAUUUGGAGCUCCUGAAACUCUGUUAUUGAACUAGACUGCUAGUUGCUCUUUUAGUAUUUGGUCUUAAAGGUCUUACUGAGGUUAGCAUUUUACCAUGUUUGUUUUUGAUUUGAGGAUCUUACUUCGUUGUUGUGUUCUGUGUUCAUAAAGUGUGAUAAAUAGCAUACUGAAUCUGCAUAUAAUAUCUCUCCACCAUAAAUACAUAUUAGUCUUUCAGAAUGCAUGUUGACUUGUGAAUCUAGUAACAAAUGUUAAUAAUGUAUCAUGAAAAUGGUUUUUUCUCA